GCGUCUGCUGCGGGAAAGUCCUGGGUAAUUUUCCGAAAACCUGUUAGUGAAAAUGACCUUCGUAUAAUAAAAUGACCUCAGUACACGUAAUCACAUCGUCUGUUGCUGCCAGCAGCUAUAAGGAAAUCAAUGGCUGAACGACCUCCGGGGGAUUUGGACGGUGUUUUAUCUGCGCCAGGCGAAAAUGAAUACCCAUCGGGUUUCCCACAAAACAUCUGUGACGAUGUCCCUCAAGACAAGUACCUGUGCAGCAACUGCAACAACGUGUUGAAUAAAGCUCGCCAAACGAAGUGUGGCCAUCGCUACUGCCACGCAUGUGUAACCUGGCUGGUAAGGAAUAAUAAAAACUUGGUAUGUAAGCGCUGCAAAGAGGAGGAUUCAAGCUUAGAAAAUGGCAACAGCAUUCUGACACCUGACACUUUCUUCAACGAUGCAGCUAUUAACAAAGAGAUUUCUGAGCUGAAGGUCCAUUGUGCCAACCAAGGCUGUACCUGGAGGGGCAUACUGAAGAACUAUGAGGAUCACCAGUGUCAGUGUGACUUUGCUUUGAUCCCUUGCAACAUUGGCUGUGGUCAGAUGGUGGAGAGAAGGAAGCUGGCCAGUCACUUGGUGAAGGGCUGUCCCAACAACAUGUCCACUUGCUCCAGCUGCUCCCAGGCAAUGAGUCCUGCAAAGCUUCAGAAACACACAUGCCAGAGCCAAGCCAGAGAUCAAAAACCAGCAAAAACAGAUAAAAAAGAGAAGAAUCGUCAGCCCUCAGCUGCAAGGAAAAAAGAGACUUGUUCUUUCGUUGAAGUUGGGUGCACUUUCAAGGGGAACGCUGAGAAGGUGAAGGAGCAUGAGGUAUCCAGCCAUGUGGCCCACCUCCAACUCUUGCUUCAGAUCAUCAGUAACCUGCAAGAAUCUGUAUUGGCCUCCACGAGAAGAGGCCAGGAAUCCCAAGGCCCCUAUGGACAGAUAGCAGCCCUGGGGGAGGCCAUUGCUAAUCUCCAGAUGUGGGGAACCACGGACGUGGAGGCCGACGGAGGAAAUGGAGGCUGUAAUGAGGCCUCAUUGGCCCAGAGUCUGCAGGACGGCCAGGCCACAGGUCUUCUAGUCCAGCGACUGGAGGAAUUGCAGGAGAGGGUCCACAUAUCGGAGAACAUCAUCACAGUCCUGAACCGAGAGGUGGAGAAGACGCAGCUUGGCAUUGCUAUGCUGGAUCAGCAAAACCAGACCAGUAGAGAAACCAUUCAGGAACUGGAGAAUCAGAUCACGGAGCACCAACGGAGCAUGGUUAUAAAGGACAUACUCCUGAACGAUCUGCAUCAGCGCAUCACUGCACAAGAGGAGAUCUCCUACGAUGGCACGUUCCUCUGGAAGGUCUGUAACAUCAGCCAGAAGAUGAGGGAUGCCAGCACUGGGCGCAAGAGCAAUCAUUUCUCUCCAGCAUUCUACACAUCACGCUAUGGAUUCCGGGUGUGCAUGCGCCUUUACCUGAACGGAGACGGGGUUGGUAAAGGGACCCACAUCUCCCUGUUCUUUGUCGUCAUGAAAGGAGAGUAUGAUGCCUUGCUCUCCUGGCCAUUCAAGCAUAAGGUGACCUUUUUCCUGCUGGAUCAGAACCAUAAGGAGCACAUGAUCGACGCCUUCAGGCCAGACCUGUCUUCCAGCUCCUUUCAGAGGCCUGUCACAGAAAUGAACCUGGCCAGCGGCUGCCCCUCCUUCUGCCCCCUGGGCAAGCUGCGUUCACCCAGGCAUGGGUACUGCAAGGACGACACACUGUUCAUCAAGUGCGUUGUGGACACCACUUCCUGAGUUCACCCAGGCAUGGGUACUGCAAGGACGACACACUGUUCAUCAAGUGCGUUGUGGACACCACUUCCUGAGUUCACCCAGGCAUGGGUACUGCAAGGACGACACACUGUUCAUCAAGUGCGUUGUGGACACCACUUCCUGAGUUCACUCAGGCGGUUGCUGAGACGCUUCUUCAAAGCUAUGGUGGUGUUCUUCCGGCAUCUUCUGAUUAUCGGCCUCAUUAAAGUCAUUCCCUGCCCAUCA